UCCGGGCGGGGGUGCCGAGGGGGGCGGCAAGGGGGGCGGUGCUGAGGCGCCACGGGUCACCUCGCGGGUCCCCCGGCCCCGAGCAGCCGCUUGCCCCCGCCUUCUGCCCGCGGGUUUCACGUGAGAGACGUGUCGGCAUCUCCCCCCUUCAUUACCUGGCAGCAAGCACUCCCUGGAGACAUGGACCAUUCAGCGGAUGCAUCCGGGCUCCUGGAAGGCUCUGAUAUUGGGUCACAGAAAGAGAGAGUGGUGACAGAGGAGGAAUGGCUACAAAAAUGGGAAAUGGGUAACAUCGGGUUUCACAAGGAACAAGGGCAUCCGCUCCUCCAGAAGUAUCUGGAUGUUCUUUUAAAUGGCAGGAGUGGACUGAGGAUAUUUUUCCCACUUUGUGGUAAAGCAGUAGAGAUGAAAUGGCUGGCAGACAUGGGACACAGUGUUGUUGGUGUGGAAGUCAGCGAGCAAGCGGUGAAGGAAUUUUUUUCAGAACACAGUCUGCCUUACUGUGAGGAGCCAGUCCCUGAGAUUUCAGGAGCAAAAAUGUUCCAGAGUACCUCUGGCAACAUUUCCCUCUACUGCUGCAGUAUUUAUGAUUUGUCCAGCUCAAUAGUUGGCAAGUUUGAUGGGGUUUGGGACAGAGGAGCUCUUGUAGCUGUGAAUCCAUGUGACAGACAACGGAAGCCGCCCUGCCUCUCAGUGGGAAAAUAUGUGGUUUGUUCCAACCCAGAAGAAGCAGAGCUUCAAGUCUCAUCUGAAUUCUAUUAUUUCCUUUUCAUCCCAUCUACUUCUUCUCUCUUUGUUCUUUUUCCCCUCACUCCUCUUCAUUCCAAAUUUUUGUUCUUUCCUAUAGCCAGCCCAAAUUUAGUUUGAACCUGCUCCCAGGAUUGUUUGAUUAGAUACAUAGUCUUCAAUUCACAAUAAUUUUAAAAGAUCAGUAAUAUAAUGUGUACUGUAUUCUAGACUGUGGCAGGUGAAUACUUGGUUUAUCUAUUAAUCUUGAUCUGAAUGUGCAAAAAAAGGAUAAAUGCUUGUUUAUGAGGAAUAAAUAUAACCUUUAUUUGAUGUUU